UAAAAACCUUCCCUUUUGACAAACUCAAACCUCAAUUUUUUUUCUUUUCUUUUCACCACUUUCUCUGUUACCCCUUUUCUUUUUUUUGCCCUAUCUCAUAGGGUUUCCAUCAUCUUCUAGCUCUGCUAUCUCUCAUGCAUUUUUGUUUCCAAGAGUUGUUUGUUGCCGCUAUAGUCACCUUCUCCUUCUUCUUCGCUUUCUUUUUUGCUCUCUUUCGAGGGUUCUUUCGUGGAGAACAGCGCAGAUUUGACCUCCCGGGGUUUUUUGAGCUGUACCCAUGUCUAAAGUCUUCGGCUUUACCGGAAAUGAUGAUUUUUGCCCUGGGGGGUCAAUAUACCCUAACCCCAAGGAAGCGAGUCUCUUCUUGUCUCUUGGCCAUCAAGUUGAUGUUUACUUUCCUCUUAGGAAGAGGUCUCGCUUCAGUCUUCCAUUUGAUUUCAAUGGAGAAUGGUUUGAGCAGAAGCAGAAGACAUCUAUUGAAACUUUGCCAGAUGAAUGCCUGUUCGAGAUCCUUAGAAGGUUGCCUCCAGGCCAAGAUAAGAGUGCAUGUGCUUCUGUAUCCAAGCGCUGGCUUAUGCUCCUAAGCAAUAUUCGUAAGGAUGAAAUCUGCAGCAACGACACUACCGGAAAUGAAAAGGAGGUUGAUGAUCAGGGAUUUGGAGAUGAAGGAUACCUCUACCGUAGCUUGGAGGGAAAGAAGGCAACAGAUGUUAGACUUGCUGCUAUUGCUGUUGGGACAGCGUCUCGAGGAGGAUUGGGAAAGCUUUCAAUUCGUGGAAGCAAUUCAGAUCGUGGGGUGACUAAUGUUGGUCUCAAGGCAAUUGGUCGUGGAUGCCCUUCUCUAAAGGCUUUCUCUGUAUUUGAUGUUGCUACCAUUGGUGAUGAAGGCCUGAUUGAGAUUGCUAGUGGGUGUCACCAGUUAGAGAAGCUUGACCUUUGCAAUUGUCCAGCAGUUUCUGACAAGGCUUUAGUUGCAAUUGCACAUAACUGCCCAAAUCUUACUGAGUUAUCAGUAGAGUCAUGCCCUAAUUUGGGUAAUGAAGGUCUACAAGCUAUUGGGAAGUGUUGUCCCAAUCUAAGGUCUAUAUCAAUCAAGGAUUGCUCUGGAGUUGGUGAUCAGGGCAUUGCUGGCCUGUUAUCUUCAACUUCUUUUGUUAUGACAAAAGUGAAGCUUGAAUCGCUGAUUGUUUCUGAUCUCUCUCUAGCAGUUAUUGGACAUUAUGGCUUUGCAGUUACUGAUCUUGUCCUAAAUUGCCUCCCAAAUGUCACUGAGAAGGGAUUCUGGGUUAUGGGUAAUGGUCGUGGACUACAGAAACUAACGUCACUUACAAUUGGAUCCUGCCGAGGAGUAACAGAUAUUGGGCUUGAAGCUAUAGCCAAGGGUUGUCCGAAUGUGAAAAGCUUCCACCUUCAUAAGUGUGCAUUUCUGUCAGAUAACGGGUUGUCAUCAUUUACAAUAGCUGCUCCAUCAAUUGAGAGCCUACAAUUGGAAAAGUGCCACAGAAUUACCCAAUUUGGGUUUUUUGGUGUCCUUUUUAACUGUGGUGCUAAAUUGAAGGAUCUCACACUGGUAAGCUGCUAUGGGAUCACGGAACUGAAUUUGGAAUUGCCAGUAGUAUCUCCUUGUGAAUCGAUUCGGUCAUUAUCAAUCCGUGACUGCCCUGGAUUUGGUAAUGCUACCCUUGCUGUACUCGGAAAGCUGUGUCCUCGGCUUCAGCAUGUUGAGUUGAGUCAGCUUGAGGGAAUUACUGAUGCUGGGUUCCUUGCCCUGCUUAACAGCUCUGAGGCUGGUCUGGUUAAACUUAAUCUAAGUGGUUGCAUAAAUCUGACAGACAAAGUAGUUUUGUCCAUGGCCAAGUUGCAUGGGUGUACACUUGAGGUGCUAAACCUUUAUGGUUGUAAAAAAAUCAGCGAUGCUAGCUUGAUGGCAAUUGCAGGCAAUUUCCCAUUUAUCUAUGAUCUUGAUAUUUCCAAGUCUGCAAUCACUGAUGCUGGGAUUGCAGCCCUUGCACGUGGGAAGCAGCUUAAUUUGGAGAUACUUGCUUUAGCAGGUUGCACAUUGGUUUCAGACAAGAGCAUGCCAGCUUUGAGAAAAUUGGGACUGGCCCUUGUGGGAUUAAAUAUCCUGCACUGUAAUGCAAUCAGCAGCAACUCAGUUGACAUGCUUGAGCAACAUCUCUGGAUGUGUGACGUUCUCUCCUGAGCAGGAAGCCUUAACCACACUGCAAAUUAGGGCACCCUCUUCUUAUAUAAUUAGUUGUUGCGCAGUAGUGUUUUUGGGUCCAUUAACUAUGGGUCUUGGUCAUCUAGUACUCGGUUCUCUUUUUCCAGAGCAUACAGUCGUUUAAUCUUUAUUUUUGCAGGUUUCCUUGAAUUGGAAAUCUGUUGGAAGUUUUUUGGCAUCCCAUUGAUGUGAUGCCACUUUUAAAAUGGCUGUUUAUCUCUGAGAACAUAGUUACCGGGUUCUGGAGUUAGGUAUCUUUUAUCUUAUGUUUGGCACCUGAUGUUCAUAGCUCUCUGCUUUGUAUCGGUUUUGCCACCAUGUGGGUCCUUGUCCCCGUUUCUUUACAGCUGUCUUUCCCAAUGGUUUUUACCUAAUUUUCCACGUAUUUUAACUCUUGUUCUAUACGUGAUGUUUGAGUCUCAGUUUUAGUCAAGGGGCAUGUUGAAGUUCCAGUUUGCUAUUCCGGGUUGCUAUUGGCAGUUCAGAGUUAUGAAUGAUGCCUUUGUCUUCAGGGGUUUUGGCCAUGGCAGCAAGUUAUACAUGUCUGCCAUGACAAUCUUUUCCCUUUGGGAAGGGUUGUUUUUUUACUACCAAGCCCCUAGUUUUUCAGGCGUCAUUUUUUUUUUUUCUCUUUGAACUUGUCAUUGUAACUUCAAUGUUAUGUAAUGCUACUGAUAUAUGCCCUUUGUAUUGUUAUGUUAUUUUAUGAAAAGUAAUGAAUAAAAAUGUGUAUUCUCAUUCCAAAAAUUAUGUAUUUAUUUUUCGAAAUAUUGAUGGAUGACUGCUGUACUUGAUAGUGAGAACAGACAACGAAGUGAAUUCUGCUGUAGCUGGACA